CACAGCAUCUGUCAGUCUGAAACAUACAAUAUUUGUGUAGGAGCUUCUUCUCCUUCAUAAAUUUUCAAAACCACUUCUGGAUACACUUUCUGCUCCAGCGCUAAACCCCAUGGAUGCAUGCGUUUUCUUUGCAUGAAAAUUAAACAAGGAUUUGUGGACUCUUUUUGAAUCGUAUUGGGAAGGUGAAAAACAAUAGUAAAUAUGGAGAGUAGUAGCGGAGAUGUAUACAGAGUGAGCAGUGCUCGUCUGAGCAGUUCAAACAUUUGGAGGAACAGUACCAUGGAUGUUUUCUCCAAGUCUUCACACGAUGAAGAAGAUGAAGAAGCACUGAAAUGGGCUGCCAUUGAAAAACUGCCAACUUACCUGCGUAUAAGGAGAGGCAUUUUCACUGAGGAAGAAGGCGAAGCCAGAGAGAUUGACAUCAAGAAUCUUGGGUUGCUAGAGAGAAAGAAUGUGUUGGAGAGGCUGGUGAAAGUUGCAGAUGAAGAUAAUGAGAGGUUCUUGAUGAAGCUCAAGAACCGGAUUGAUCGGGUUGGACUUGAGUUUCCGACGAUUGAAGUCCGGUUUGAGCAUUUGAGUGUUGAAGCAGAAGCUUAUGUAGGAGGGAGGGCGCUGCCUACAAUCUUUAACUUUUCAGCUAAUAUCUUGGAGGGCUUCCUGAGUUUCUGUCGCAUUAUUCCAACUAGAAAGCAUCCAUUUCCAAUCCUUGAUGAUGUUAGUGGAAUUAUCAAACCAAAGAGAAUGACAUUGCUUUUAGGUCCCCCAAGCUCUGGAAAAACCACACUACUUUUGGCUUUGGCUGGAAAACUUGCUAAAGAUCUAAAAUCUUCUGGGAGAGUUGUAUAUAACGGACAUGGGAUGGAAGAGUUUGUACCGGAGAGAACAUCAGCUUAUAUAAGUCAGUAUGAUCUCCACAUAGGGGAAAUGACAGUGAGAGAAACACUGGCUUUCUCAGCAAGGUGUCAAGGGGUGGGAGGACGUUAUGAAAUGUUGGCAGAGUUAUCAAGGAGAGAAAAGGAAGCCAAUAUUAUGCCAGAGAAAGAUCUUGAUAUCUACAUGAAGGCUGCAUCAUUAGAAGGGCAGGAGGCCAGUGUAGUUACAGAUUACAUACUCAAGAUUUUGGGACUUGAAGUUUGUGCUGACACCAUGGUGGGAGAUGAAAUGUUCCGAGGUAUAUCUGGUGGACAAAAGAAGCGAGUCACAACAGGGGAGAUGCUGGUUGGACCUGCAAGAGCACUUUUUAUGGAUGAGAUAUCAACUGGUUUAGACAGUUCAACAACAUUUCAGAUAGUGAAUUCCCUCAGACAAUCUAUCCACAUCCUCAAUGGAACUGCUCUUAUAUCUCUUCUCCAGCCAGCACCUGAAACAUAUGAUCUGUUUGAUGACAUAAUUCUCUUGUCAGAUGGGCAAAUUGUAUACCAAGGUCCCCGUGAAAAUGUGCUAGAGUUCUUUGAGUAUAUGGGCUUCAAAUGUCCAGAAAGGAAAGGAGUUGCUGACUUCCUUCAAGAAGUGACAUCAAAGAAGGAUCAGGAGCAGUACUGGUUUCAGAAAGAAGAGCCUUAUAAUUUUAUAUCUUCAAAGGAAUUUUCUGAAGCAUUUCAGUCAUUUCAUAUUGGUCGAAAACUAGGUGAUGAGCUUGCCACUCCAUUUGAUAAGUCUAAAGGUCACCCUGCCGCUUUAACAACUAAGAAGUAUGGUGUUAGCAAGAAGGAACUGCUCAAAGCUUGCAUUGCUAGAGAAUAUUUGCUCAUGAAGAGGAAUUCAUUUGUCUACAUUUUCAAAAUGACCCAGCUCACUCUAUUGGCCUUUAUAUCAAUGACACUUUUUUUCCGUACUGAGAUGCCCCGACAUACAGUUGAGGAUGGUGGGAUUUUCAUGGGUGCUAUGUUCUUUACAAUCAUCAUAAUUAUGUUCAAUGGGUUCUCCGAGCUUGCCUUGACUAUCAUGAAACUUCCUGUAUUUUUCAAGCAAAGAGACCUUCUAUUCUAUCCUGCCUGGGCAUAUUCCUUACCAACAUGGAUCCUUAAGAUUCCCAUCACCUUUGUUGAAGUUGCCAUUUGGGUAUUCAUGACAUACUAUGUGAUUGGUUUCGAUCCAAACCCCGGAAGGUUUUUCAAGCAAUAUCUUUUGCUCCUAUUCGUUAACCAGAUGGCAUCCGGAUUAUUCCGAUUUAUGGGGGCAUUAGGGAGGAAUAUAAUUGUUGCCAACACAUUCGGUUCUUUUGCUCUACUGGCAGUUCUGGUUAUGGGUGGCUUCAUCUUAUCCCGAGAUAAUGUGCAGGCGUGGUGGUUAUGGGGUUAUUGGGUCUCACCAAUGAUGUACUCCCAGAAUGCUAUAGCUGUCAAUGAAUUUCUAGGAGACAGUUGGAGUCAUGUUCCUCCCAACUCAAAUGAGUCAUUAGGGAUCAUGGUCUUGAAGUCUCGUGGGGUUUUCGUAGAAGCACAUUGGUACUGGAUCGGAGUAGGAGCUACAAUUGGAUAUAUAUUUCUAUUUAAUUUCUUCUACACUGUGGCGUUGCAAUAUCUUGAUCCAUUUGGGAAACCUCAGGCAGUACUCUCCAAAGAAGCUUUAGCUGAGAAAACUGCUGCUACAGCUGGAGGAAACCUAGAGCUAUCAUCAAGAGGAAAUAAUUCUUCAGGAAGUGUAUCAUCUCGAACACAGUCUGCUAGAGUGGGCAGUUUUAAUGAAGCCAAUGAAAACAGGAAGAAGGGAAUGGUUCUUCCUUUUGAACCCCUUUGGAUUACAUUUGAUGAAAUCAAAUAUUCUGUGGACAUGCCCCAGGAAAUGAAAACUCAAGGAAUAACUGAGGAACGGUUACCACUUCUAAAGGGUGUGACUGGUGCUUUUAGGCCUGGAGUUUUAACAGCUCUAAUGGGCAUAAGUGGUGCUGGAAAGACUACUCUAAUGGAUGUGUUGGCAGGAAGAAAAACUGGUGGAUAUAUUGAGGGAGACAUAACCAUUUCCGGGUAUCCAAAAAAGCAAGAAACAUUUGCUCGUAUAUCAGGAUACUGUGAGCAAACCGAUAUACACUCUCCUCAUGUUACAGUAUAUGAGUCUUUGGUUUAUUCUGCAUGGCUCCGCUUGCCUCCUGAGGUUGAUUCUGCAACUAGAAAGAUGUUUGUUGAGGAAGUCAUGGAGCUUGUGGAAUUGACAUCGAUAAGGGAGUCACUUGUGGGAUUGCCAGGAGUGAAUGGUCUCUCAACUGAGCAGCGUAAAAGGCUGACCAUUGCUGUAGAACUUGUUGCCAACCCUUCCAUAAUAUUUAUGGAUGAGCCAACCUCUGGCCUUGAUGCCAGGGCAGCUGCUAUUGUAAUGAGAACAGUGAGAAAUACUGUGGACACAGGGCGUACUGUAGUAUGCACUAUCCACCAGCCAAGCAUUGAUAUUUUUGAUGCUUUCGAUGAGCUGUUUCUGUUGAAAAGGGGAGGUGAAGAGAUAUAUGUUGGCCCUCUAGGCCGCCAUUCUUCCCAGUUGAUCAAGUACUUUGAGGAAAUUGAAGGGGUUCCCAAAAUCAAGGAUGGUUACAAUCCAGCAACUUGGAUGUUGGAAGUUACUUCAGCAGCCCAGGAAGUUGUUCUCGGUGUUAAUUUUACUGAUAUAUACAGGAGCUCAGAGCUAUAUAGGAGAAACAAGGAUCUGAUCAAGGAACUAAGUACUCCUCCGCAAGGCACACAAGACUUGUACUUCUCUACGAAAUACUCUCAAUCUUUCUACUAUCAGUGUAUGGCUUGUUUAUGGAAACAACAUCUAUCAUACUGGCGAAACCCACCAUACAGUGCAGUGAGACUCCUAUUCACCACUUUCAUAGCCUUAAUGUUUGGAACAAUAUUCUGGGAUCUUGGCUCCAAAAGGAAAAACCAACAAGAUGUAUUCAAUGCCAUGGGUUCCAUGUACGCCGCUGUUCUCUUCAUUGGAGUACAAAAUGCCACAUCGGUGCAGCCAGUUGUGGCUGUCGAGAGGACAGUCUUUUAUAGAGAAAGGGCUGCUGGAAUGUACUCAGCAUUGCCAUAUGCCUUUGGACAGGUUGUGAUUGAGCUUCCAUACAUAUUUGUCCAGACUGUCAUAUAUGGAGUCAUAGUUUAUGCCAUGAUUGGAUUCGACUGGACAGUGAGCAAGUUCCUUUGGUAUCUCUUCUUCAUGUACUUCACUUUCUUAUAUUUCACAUUCUAUGGGAUGAUGACUGUCGCUGUUACGCCCAACCACAACAUUGCUGCCAUAGUGUCCUCUGCUUUCUAUGCAAUAUGGAACCUUUUCUCAGGAUUCAUCAUUCCCCGAACAAGAAUGCCAAUUUGGUGGAGAUGGUACUAUUGGAUCUGCCCGGUUUCAUAUACAUUGUAUGGACUGGUUGCUUCACAGUUUGGAGACAUAAAAGAAGUAAUGGAGUCAGGAGAAAGUGUGGAGGACUUUGUGAGGAACUACUUUGGUUACAGACACGACUUAGUAGGUAUUAUCGCGGUUGUUCUUGUCGGGAUUUCAGUGCUUUUCGGGUUCACCUUUGCCUUCUCGAUCAAGGCAUUCAACUUCCAAAAGAGAUGAGGGAAUCAAUAAGAAACCACAACAUCAUGUGAAUAGAAAGCAAAUGCCAUCAUUUCAAGUUUUGAACCUUAAUGUGGUUUGCUGAAAUUCCAAGUUCUUCAGUAAGCAGUGUGCAACUUAAUUUUUAUAUAUAAUUAGGAUCUUUCUUCUUAGGUUUUGAGCAAGCAGCAAGCCAACUCCAUCUGUGUACUGCAUGUGGAGUCUGAUCUGAAUUUUGUAAUUGCAUUAUUUCCUCUUGUAACAUGUAAAUUUUGGUUUUCUUUAAUGAAUAUAAUCUUCUCUGUUGAUAUG